GGACGUGCCGACACCUUAGCUCAGUGCAUAUAUACGACUCGGCGCGACGAUUGGUUUCUAUGCCUUGGAUUUAAACACUCAGACUGCACUAAAAGAUGUCUGUACCCCCUUUGGUACUUAAAAAGCCUCCAAGUGGCCGGGUCCGAACUGUUCCAGCAGAACAGCCUCCUCCCGGUGGUCGGCCCAUCAACAGAGGUUCUGGCAAAGAGAAUACUACCAGUCGGGAGUCAAAUCACACAUCUGUCUUCAAUGCAGAAAGAGAAGUGGAGAUUCUCAACCACUGCUUUGAUGAUGUGGAGCGAUUCAUGUUGCGCUUGCAGCAGACGGCUGAGGCUCAGAGUGUUCUCAGUCAAAGGAGGAAGAAGAAAAAAUGCAGAGCACUACUAACCAAAACAGAAACAAAACCAAAUAAAAAAAAAUCAUAUGAUGAUCUGUUGUCUGUGAAAGCUUGCCCUCCAUCAGAGCAGGAAUUUGUGGACCUCUUUCAGAAAAUCAAGUAUUCCCUCAGUCUGCUGGACCGUCUCAAGUCAUCCAUCUCACAGCCAGACGCACCGGAGCUGCUGCAUCACGUCUUUGUGCCUCUUAGACUACUGGUGAGAACCACUGGAGGGCCAGCGCUUGGUGCAUCUGUGGUUAGUCCCUCCAUCACCAGCGGUGCAGUUUCCUUUCUGCUAAAACAUCUGACUGAACAGGAAAAGGAACUCUGGACUUCAUUAGGACCCAACUGGACUUCACCCCGUUCACGCCUCAGUGUGUCUGUCCCUCCAUACUCACCUGUCUUCCUGGAUGGAUGGCAGCCUCAGGCCUAUGACUCUGCUGGCCAGCCUUUGGAAGAUCCUGUUGAGUCUCAGCACAAACAGGAUGCUGUCAGGGAGUCUAGGGCAGCACAAACUCAACAGAGAACAGAGAGCUUUGGUAAAGGCACUGAUGGAGUAGAUGGAAAUGGGGUUCCACCAGAUGGUGCGAUGCUUUACGUUUGCAGUUAUGACUUUGUGGCUAGAAACAGCAGUGAACUCUCUGUGCUACAUGGAGAAACACUAGAGGUAAUUGAAUCAUCAAGGAGAUGGUGGAAGUGUCGGAAUCGCUUUGACCAGAUAGGAUUUCUUCCCUUUAAUAUCCUGGAGCCGCUGUCUGCUCUGAAUAACAGUGGGAGAGAUAUCCCAGUGGUACGCAAUGAGUCAAAGAGGACACCCAUUUCCCCUCAGACAAAGUCCUUCUCAUAUCUUCCCCAAAGCCCAGUUGGGACCAGUCCUACUGCUACAAGCCCAGCAGCGCGAUCACAGAGCAUGGCUUUACGAUCUCCGACAAUGUCAGAGGAUGAAGACCAAGUGCUGAUAAUAAAUGACGAGCUUCUUGAGCGGCUAGCUGGGAAAAGAGGCUCAGGCAACCGCCUGGUGAUCCCUCGCACAACUGACACUUCUGCACCCCUGGACUAUCGCUCGUCACCCGCUGAAGUGAAGGCCUGGCUCACUGUCAAGGGCUUCAGUCAGCAGACAAUUGAGAAUCUGGGUGUUUUAACUGGAGCACAACUAUUUUCCUUGAAAAAGGAGGAUCUCCGCACCGUGUCACCAGAAGACGGUACACGGGUUUACGGCCAGUUAAUGGUUCAGAAGGCCCUUGUCGAGGUUGGACUCACGAAAGUCACAGAACUAGAGAUUGUGAUGCAGAAACAACAGCAGAAGAUUGACCUGCAAUCAGAGAAUGACACAUCAUGACUGAGCUCUCACAUCCACUAAUACUGAUGGCACAUCAAAGAUCAACCACCAUACAUGUCAUAUUGCUGGGUGCAUAGAAAGGUGCUGCAGAUGAUUUCUAUUUUUUAAUUAUACAUGUUGCUUCAUCUCUUCUGUGCUGACAAAAGGUCUUUCAACUACAAAUCACC